AUGGAGGAAAUGGAAAACCAGGCUCUGCGUCAGUGACAAAGAGAAGCUUUCAAAAGAGAACUGCCAUACUCUAUAGGAGAAAUAGACUUCACAGCUUCUGGGAAGAAAUUUAUUAAGGUGCCAUGUACCAUUCAUCCUGGAGUUAUAUUUGAAGUUAUGCUCAAUAAGUGGAAGCUACCUGCUCCCAAUUUGGUUGUCUCCUUAGUAGGAGAAGAAGAAAAUUUCCAGAUGAAGCCUUGGCUACGGGACACUUUAAAAAAAGGACUUACAAAGGCAGCUCAAAGCACAGGUGCUUGGAUUUUCACCAGUGCUUUACGUGUGGGAAUAACAAGACACUUAGUGCAAGCAGUCCGAGAUCAUGCACUGGCUAGUACUUCAUCCAAAGUAAGAGUGAUUGCCAUAGGAAUAACUUCACUCAGAAAAGUUCAACAUAAAGAAAUUCUGGACAAACACAAAGAAUGAAAGUCUGUACACUACCAAUCAGAUGAUAAUAUCCACGGCCCACUGUCUUCCCUGGACCACAACCAUUCCCCCAUUUUUAAUUUUAGGGAUCACACAACACCAGAUGAGCCAGAUGGAACCACUAAGCUACGUCUCACUGGAAAAGUAUAUUUCAGAACAGCUUUUACUGGGUAUGGUGGAACAGGAAGCAUUGAGAUCCCUGUGCUUUGUUUAGUGGUAAAUGGAGGACCAGGCACACUUGAGAGAAUUUGCAGUGGUUUGGAAAAUUCUGCUCCCUGGCUCAUCUUAGCAGGGUCUGGAGGUACAGCUGACAUCUUAGCUGCAUUCAUGAAUGACCCAGAGCUUGUCACACCAGAAGCUGUUGAAAAGCAAUUUAAGGAGAAAUUCCCUGCAGAAAGCUUCUUGCGGAAGGACAUUCUCCAAUGGACAGCAACAAUUCAGAAUAUCAUUUCACACCAACACCUUUUGACUCUACACAACUUUGAGCAAGAUGGUUCAGGGGAACUAGACACAGUCAUUUUAAAAGCUCUAGUAAAAGCCUGUAAAAGUCAAAGUCAGGAGGCUCAGGAAUACCUGGAUGAACUGAAGUUGGCAGUGGCCUGGAAUAGAGUGGACAUAGCUAAAAGUGAAAUAUUCAAUGGGGACGUGGAGUGGAAGUCCUGUGACCUGGAGGAAGUGAUGAUGGAUGCUCUGGUCAAUGACAAACCAGAAUUUGUAAAAUUAUUUAUUGACAACGGGGCUAACAUAUCCGAAUUCCUGACAUACAGUCGUCUGCAGAUACUCUACUGUUCCAUUUCUCAGAAAUGUCUCCUCUAUGAACUUCUACUGAAGAAGCAUGAAGAAAGCAAGCUGACCUUGUUGGGGCUUACUGGUCAACAGCAGAAGGAGAUGAGCCCACUCUUCACUCUCAGUGAGGUCUCUAGAGUUCUCAAAGAUUUUCUUCAUGAUGCAUGCAAAGAUUUCUAUCAAGACCUCAGAUAUGGAGACAAAAAGAGAUCUGAUAAAACGAAUACAAAGCGAUUACCUGGGCCCUUGGAUAUGAACCAGAAAAGCGAAAAUCCUUGGAGGGAUCUGUUUGUAUGGGCAGUACUUCAAAACCGGCACAAGAUGGCAAACUAUUUCUGGGCUAUGGGUCAGGAGGGUGUAGCUUCAGCCCUGGCAGCCUGCAAGAUCCUUAAAGAGAUGUCCCGCCUGGAGACAGAAACUGAAGUAGCACGUAUAAUGAAAGAGGCCAAGUAUGAGCAGCUUGCUGUUGAACUGUUUAAUGAAUGCUACCACAACAGUGAGGAGAGAGCGUUUGCUCUGUUGGUGAGGAAAAAUCAGUACUGGAGCAAAACCACCUGCCUUCAGCUGGCUACAGAAGCAGAUGCAAAGUCUUUCUUUGCACAUGAUGGUGUCCAGGCCUUCCUGACAAAAAUAUGGUGGGGAGACAUGUCGACAAGCACACAGAUCCUGAAGUUAAUUUGUGGUUUCUGGUGUCCUUUCCUAAUCUACACAAAUUUAAUAGCAUUCAGUGAAGAAAAAAAAUUGAAGAAUGAGCCAGAACCAUUUAGAGAGCUGGACAGUUUAGAAACAGAGAGGACUUUGUUUUUUUCCAAGGAAGAAGAUAGAGGAAAUGGUAAACUGGAAAAGCAUAACCCUUCUGAAAACACAGCGUGGGCAACAUUUGUCUUUACUCGGUGGAGAAAAUUCUGGAGUGCCCCUGUAACUGUUUUUGUGGGGAAUGUCAUAAUGUACUUCGCUUUUCUGUUUCUAUUUACUUAUGUCCUUCUACUAGACUUUAAGCCACCCCCACCUGAGGGUCCAUCCGCUAAAGAAAUUGUACUUUACUUCUGGGUUUUUACCCUGGUUUUGGAAGAGAUCCGACAGAGUUUCUAUACAGAUGAAGACACAAAUUUAAUAAAAAAAUUUAAACUGUAUGUGGAGGAUAACUGGAAUAAAUGUGAUAUGGUGACCAUCUUCCUCUUUAUAAUUGGGGUAACCUGCAGGAUGCUGAACUCAACUUUUCAAGCUGGCCGUACAAUACUUGCCAUUGAUUUUAUGGUAUUUACACUUAGACUUAUACAUAUUUUUGCCAUUCACAAACAACUUGGACCAAAGAUCAUAAUUGUGGAAAGGAUGAUGAAGGAUGUUUUCUUCUUUCUGUUUUUCUUGAGUGUGUGGCUCAUUGCCUAUGGUGUGACAACUCAAGCUCUACUUCAUCCCAAUGACACUCGGGUGGAAUGGAUAUUCAGAAGGGUGCUUUAUCGUCCCUACCUUCAGAUAUUUGGCCAGAUUCCACUGGAUGAAAUAGACACAUCACAAAUGUAUCCCAGGAACUGUACAUUUAAUCCACUGCAGAUUUUGCAGGAGAACUCACCUUCAUGUCCUAAUAGCUAUGCCAACUGGCUUGUCAUACUUCUGUUGGUCAUCUUCCUACUAGUCACAAAUGUUCUCCUUAUGAAUCUCCUGAUUGCUAUGUUCAGUUACACUUUUCAAGUCAUUCAGGGCAAUGCAGACAUCUUCUGGAAAAUUCAGCGCUACAACCUGAUUAUUGAAUAUUAUGGCCGGCCUGCCUUAGCACCACCAUUUAUCAUUAUUAACCAUAUAACUCUAGUUCUCAGAAGAAUCUUCAACAAAAUGGAACAUAAAAAAGAACAUCUGGAAAGAGAUCUUCCAGGUGGCCUAGAUCAAAAAAUCAUAACAUGGGAGCUAGUACAAAAAGAAAAUUAUCUUGGAAACCUUGAACAAGAAAGGAAAGAAAGCAAUGAAGAAAGGCUGAAGGCCACAUCUAAUAAGGUGGAUAAUUUGUCUAAAAAUUUCAGUGUAUUGAAAGAACAAGAAAAGCGGUUUAAAGUUAUGGAAGCCCAGAUUUCCUACUGUACAGCUGUUAUCUCCUCAAUGGCAGAGGUUUUAAUGAAAACUAACCUCUUGUGCAACCAACAAGCUCCACACUAUACACUAGGUGUGAUGAACACAGAAGUGCCUUUGCCAGAAAGCAGUGAAAGAGAAGAGCAUGCAGAUCAGUUCGAGACCAACAUCACAUACAUCGAUAAUUAAAUUUUAUUCUCAUUUCUUCAGAUUAAACCUUUUGCCCGGCUGAACCGUAUAAGUACAAACCUAAUCUCAUGAAGGCCUAUGACCCAGCUCUCAAAGCCUUUCUGCCAAGCCCUAUCUAUGUUUGACACUACAGAGGAUUUCUUGGUCUUCCUCCUUAAAUUUCUUGGGCUUUUUUCCCUCCUGCACCUGUAUCACUUGGUCCUUUCUCCAAAACUCCAUUCUGUAAAUUGCACUAAAAGCUUUCUCCUCCAAGAUGACUCAUACCUUCUAAAUACUAUCUGCCUUCUGUUCUCCAAAUACCGUAUCCUCAAUCAAACAUUAUCAUUGCUAUUUCCACAUUUCUCUAUUGAAGGGUGACCAUAUACGCCCUAAAACCCAAGCCACUUCCUUGGCCAAGAAAGCAAUCUCAUAUUUCUGAGUUGCUUAGAAAGGAAAUCAAGAAAUAGUUUCCACAGGAAAGGGCCUGGGGUACGGAACUAUUACAACCCAUACAGUCCCUGGAGUUCUUAAAACCCUUAAAUGAUUGCACUCACUGUCUUCUCUUCCCAUGCUGGCUUCUGUAUUCCUUUGUUGGCAUUCCUGAGUGAGGGCUCCUCACUCAUUCCCAGCAGCUCACAGUUUCCAAACACAAAGAAGGUGACUGUCUGGCAGUCAGACCCCUGCAGCCUCUGCUACUCGCUUUUUUGUUUUAACGCCAGAUCAUUGCUGCUGUCAGCUUGCUGCUGCUCAAGGAGACUUUGCCAUUGUGCAUCACACAACAUGGAACACCACAUCUACACCUAUGUGGUUUUCUGAUUUCAUUUUACUUUUAUCUCUCAAAGUUUGGGGGCAAAAAAAAAAAUCACAGAUUUUAAAGCAAGAAUGUGUAGCAAGAACUUUCCUACAAACUAGGAAUUUUUACUGUAUUUUUUUUCUGUACUUAAACUGGCAUGUACUUUUUUAGCAUACAAAAGUUGGCUGGCUUUAUUAGAAUUUUGUAUGAAAAAAGAUAUCAAUAAAACAAAUAUUACUACUGUCCUUUAAAAGGAAAUUUAUUUGGAACAGAAAGAGCAUCAGAAGUGGGAAGUAUUGGGUUCUGGUCUUUCUUAAACUGGUAAGCUUCAACUGAACUUAAUUUCCUCAUGCAUUUCCUCACUGUAUCUAUGCAACAUAAAUGUAGGUUGCUCAAAAGUUUUCUCUGUUACCAGAAACAUAAAAAAAAAUAAAUCUCAGAUCUGACAAAAAUACCUUUCCUACAUGAGACUUUUAUCAACAGAUAUUCAUCUUGUUAUGAGGUCUUCAUAAAAUAGGCAUUUGUCCAGUUUAUUCAGCUGUGCCCCAGACCACAGCGAUCCCACUAACAGCGAUGGAAUUUUGGUACUGUCUUACCUGUUCUUCACCCUAGGCAAGAAGUUAUAAAACCAGUAAGUUUGUACUCAGCUACAUUUUUAAUUAGGAAAUAAUGCAUAUCUUACAACGAGGAUGACCUGCUCUUGGCAGCAGCUUCCAUCCUGAAAUGGCUACUACUUUAUUUGUGAUUAGCACGUUGAUCAGCCACUGGGAACUGAAAUAUAUUCAUUUGGGACUGUUGUUGUGUCCCACUCACAUGCACUGGAACAACCGAUGUAUUUAGCAAUGACACAUUACUUAAUGUGCAAACUGUACACUCACAAGAAAAUACAUUCCGCUUUUAAAAUUAAAUGGUGAACUUCAAAAGAUGGAGCAGUAUUAUUCAUUUUACAUUGUUUUCAGCUUCUGCCGCCAAAUAAUACAAUCGUUCAAUCACAACUAUCCAAAUGACCUGGUUAAUUCAGAACACUGGCAAAAAAAAGUCAGUCCAAACUAACCAGAACUAAUUUGAGUUUCAAAUCACAUAAUCUUUCAAAGAAUUUAAUUCUUCAGCCUUAUUUAUAAAGUUUAUUAACAUUCUGUGUGAAAAACUACUAUACUUGACAUCUGUUGCAACGUGAUUCAUCCUAUGAACUUAUAAUCUAUAUACUGUAAAAUGACUGAAAAUGUUAAAAAUGUGAAUUUCAGAAUCUAAAAUAAAAGCCCUGAGGGAGAAAUUACGAGCUUAGAGUAACCUUCUAGAAGAUUUUCUGGACAAUUCUCAAAGCAAAUAAACCAAGUAUUUAUUAAAACUCCUAUAGCUGCAUUAAUAAGCAUGGGUCAGAGAGAUGAAGAAAUCAAGCUCGAACUCAAAGUUUAUUGAACCCCAAAGAACAAAAAGUAUCCAGAUAUCGUAUAAACAACUCAUUCCCACCAAAUCCACACACAGAAUCAAUGUGGAAACAGUAUCACCUGGAAAGGACAUACAAAUGUACAGGCCAAGCAUCACAUCACGUCAUAACAAAGAGAGGAAAAGCUGCUGACCAACUUAACUAAAGCUGUUGCGAGUUCCGAUCUACACUCGAAGGGGCGAGAUUUUGCUAAAGCCAUCCCGAGUGCACCUUCACCUGGGUGUAUCCAGGAUGGAAACAUUAUGGUUUUUAAAAUCGUCAUCAUGUAACACUAAAUAAGGUAAAUAUUAAGCCAACCUUAAAAUAAUAUUGAUUUUGCCAGUUCCCUCCUGGGCCCUCCACACUCAUAAUUGGACUGUCUUAAAGGCAAAGAGAGAAGAAUGUAUUUAAAAAAAUAGAGGUUUUCCUCUGUUUUUUUGAAGGAAUCACAUCUAAGGGAACACAAGA